ACAGUUGUGCCAAUUCACUUUGCGGCAUAACAACAGGCUGGAGAGAAGAUGUCCGGCCAUGGCCACGGCCACGGGCAGUGCGAGUGUGAGGGGCACCGGGACCCCGUCGAGACGGGCGUGGAGUACGGCCUCUACAAGAAGAUCGACCACGAGAGGUUGGAGUGUCUGAACGAGUCCAGCGAGGGCUCUGGCAAGUUGGUCUUCAAGCCCUGGGAGGAGAGGCAGGACCGCACAAAGUACGUAGAAAGUGAUGAUGAUCAAGAGUUGCUGUUUAAUAUUCCUUUCACAGGCAACGUAAAGCUCAAAGGAAUAAUUUUAAUGGGAGAAGAUGAUGAUACCCAUCCAUCAGAAAUGAGACUUUAUAAGAACAUCCCACACAUGUCGUUUGAUGACACAGGCAGAGAACCUGAUCAAGUAUUCAAGUUGAACCGAGAUAUCACAGGGGAGCUGGAAUAUACCACAAAGGUGGCGCGUUUCUCCAGUGUUUAUCAUCUUUCAAUUCACAUUGCCAAAAAUUUUGGUGCUGAAAUUUCAAAAAUUUAUUAUAUAGGAUUGCGAGGGGAGUGGUCAGAGAGCUACAGACAUGAAGUGACACUUUGUACAUAUGAAGCCUCAGCCAAUCCGGCAGAUCACAAAAUUGACAGCUUUACUCCUCAAACACACUUCAUUUCUUAAAACCAGUCCCUUGAAGCUGCAGCACACCAUGAAAAAGGAAAGACCAAGACCACAGG